AUGGGGAAAGACAUUGCUGCCGAUGGCCCGGACAAGGGCGCUUCCUGCGGGCUUGGCCAGCUUCACUCGCUUGCGUUUCAGCCCAGGGGCCCAUCAGGCCACUCCUGGUUUCGCAGAACGCGCUUUGCACUUGCUUUGUUCAGCCCUUUCGGAAUGAUGUCAGUGGUUGGCACUGCGAAAGAUAUCUAUUUGGAGAAGUUUGGCCUCGACCCGACCAUGUUUAGCAUGCUGGUGACGGUGGCUUCCUUCUGGACCCCUGUGCAGGACAUGCUCUUGGGACGACUUCAGGACAAAGAGGUUCUGCACAGGUUUUUUCCUGUUCAGAGAUGGGGCCGGCGGGCGCCAUGGCUUCUAACGCACUCCUUCCUCGCAGCUCUGGGUGCAAGCUUGAUGUAUCUGCCACCUGAAGGAGCUGCGGCCUACGUGUGGUUCUUGGCCAUGUGGAUGAUCACUUGCUGGGGCAUUGGGGGCUGCAUUAUCGCCUUCGAGGCAGCCAGGCAGCAAAUUUAUCCAUUCAAGGAGGAGCGCAUCAGUGUCGAAGGCCUGUGCAAGUAUGCUUGUAUGGCCGGGGGUGGUGCUGGAGGACUGGUCUUCCUUGUGCUGAGUGGUGAUGCAUCCUUCACGGUUCGGCUGGCAUUUGUGCUUUACAUCGUUCCUGUGGGACUGCUGAGUUUGCAGGCGGUACCGCUGUUCAAGGAGGCCCGCCCCCGAAAUGACGAGCACAAGGUGGAGGCUGAGCCAGCUGGGUCCGCCACCAUCGUCUGGGAGGCGCUACCUCGAAGCGUGCGGCGUUGGCUUCGCUGCUGCCGCUCCUUGCCGAAGGAGUUGCCGACGGAGCCUCCAGCAAACAGUGCACUUCAACAUCUGUUGGCCAUGAAGUUCUGGAACGGAGCCUAUGGCGUCUGCAUUUCUUCCAUGCUCCUUUACUAUGUCACAUAUGUCCUCCACCUCAGCAGCUGGCAGCGCGUUCAAGUCAUCGUUGGGGCUGGCACAGCUGCAGGAGUUACAGAAGCAGUGAUGAAUCUGGUGUAUGUGCACCUUUUCACGCGAGAUGACUCAUUGAGGGACAUGGCUGGGAAGAGUGAUCGCCGACUUCUCCGGAUUGUCGUUUCCUUUCGGCUUGUGAAUGCCUGCCUCACCUUCAUCUUGAUCGGAGUUCUUGAGCCUUCUGUGUUCUUACUCUUUGUGUGGUCGGUCACCCAGUCGAUGGGUCUUUGCAGCUUCUCCUUCUGGCGCAUCUCCGCACAGUGCUGGCUCGUCGACGAGGAUUGCAUGUCCCGCUGCGCGGAUGGCAAGUCUCGCCAAAACAAGCGGGAAGGCCAGAUUUUCGGAGCACUCUCCAUGAGCCAGAUUCUCGCAGCCGCGAUCUUCUCUUCCUUGACCUUCCUCGGGCUUGGCUUGGCAGGUCUGGAAACAGAAAAUUGCGAAGCCAGCUGUUCAGUGGGAGGCAGUGAUGGCGUCUCGACCUGCAUUGAUGACUGCUUUCGCCAUGUCAUCGAUCGGCAGCCAGAGUCCUUGCGGGCUUACGUCCGCUUCGUCAUCGGCUUCUUUGCUCCGCUGUGCGAGCUGCUGAUCGCCUACCACGCUUACAAGUUUCCAAUCAAGAACGCGCGCUUGCGGAAGCUGUAUUUGACCAAAGCCGCAGAGCGUGGAGACAUGGGUCUGACGGAAACCAACGAGGCAACAUCUGUGGACGCCUACUCUGCGAAGUCGCAGAUCGUUCUCUUGGACAAGGCCUCGGCUGAUCUGGCAGACGUGUCGUCAGAUCCACUGGAGUCGUUCCAUGCGGCGGACUUUCAACAUCGGGUGGUGCACACGGUCGAAAUGAUCGGAGGUGCAUGCCGAGCUCGACGUGCCUCCAUUUCUGUUCGCUUCGCUCGCAGCCCUGGGCACUCAAGGUGUGAGGCGCAAGGCGGCUCCGGAGAAGCUGUCACAGCCGUAGUUCCAGACGCUACGCCGACGCCCUCCCGAUGCGUGAAUUUGUGA